AUGAGGUGUUCAGCUACAGGGGAACGCUGUGAACCUGUGGACCAGGUGUUCAGCUACAGGGAACGCUGUGGAUCUGUGGACCAGGUGUUCGGCUGCAGGGGAACGCUGUGGAUCUGUGGACCAGGUGUUCGGCUGCAGGUGUUCGGCUACGGGGAACGCUGUGGAUCUGUGGGCCAGGUGUUCGGCUACGGGGAACACUGUGAACUUGUGGACCAGGUGUUCGGGCAGGGGACCACUGUGAACCUGUGGGCCAGGUGUUCGGCUACGGGGAAUGCUGUGGAUCUGUGGACCAGGUGUUCAGCUGCUGGUGACUGCUGUGAACCUUUGGACCAGGUGUUCGGGCAAGUGACCACUGUGAACCUCUGGACCAGGUUUUCGGCUACGGGGAACGCCGUGGAUCUGUGGACCAGGUGUUUGGCUAUGGGGAACACUGUGAACUUGUGGACCAGGUGUUCGGCUGCGGGGGACCACUGUGAACCUGUGGGCCAGGUGUUCGGCUACGGGGAACGCUGUGGAUCUGUGGACCAGGUGUUCGGCUGCCGAUACCGCGGCGAUGGAAAGUUCCAGUCGUGUGCCUUUCUCUUCGCCACGCAGUCCCGUUGCAACUGCAGCGAGGACAUGGUGAAGAUCUCCAUGGAGCCCUUUGUGAAGAGGUUCCAACCGGACCGCUACCAGGCGUGGAAGCAGGGCAAGGACUCCUGCGUCAUCGACCACACCCGGCCGACGCCCGUCUCCACGCCCGAGCUCCAGACCUGGCUCCACCGUCGCAAGAGGCCCAGACCCUCGGCUCAAAGCGGGAAGGCCCCGGAUUCCACUCCCGGCGAUAAGCAGGCAGCCGUGUGCAGUAAGAUCUGCACUGUCAGUGUGAGCAGGAUGGCGAGCGAUGGCGUGUGCGUGGCGCGUCGCACGGCCAUCCACGGAGGACUACCGGCCUCGUUCCGCAAUCCCGAGGAGGAGCGGAAGGAAGAAGAGAAGGUGGUGGAUGAGGAGGAGAGGAAGGAAGAAGAGGAGGAGGGAGAGCCCUGUCUUCCUCCUGGAGGGAAUCCCCAAGGGAGGACCCCACACACAGCACUACCAGAUCCAGAGCUCCUGUCUCCAAAAACAGACCCAACGGACAGCCAGAUCCUUCGGGAGCCGUCAGUCACCCUCUCUAAUGAUGCAGAAGACACCGGAACGUCCCUCCUGGGAGAGCAGAGAGGGGAAGCGUCUCCGGGUCAUGGCCCAGCAUGGAUUUCACCCGCUCCGUUGCACAGAGAGGGAAGUUCGGCAUCACCCGCGCUAAGCGCCAAUUACCCAGAGUCCUUGCGCCCCGAAGCGGAGACGAUCAGCGAUGCGUUAGGAGACACCGAGGAGGACCUGAAGGGCAAUCCUGUUCCUGCGGCGCGUGCCGAGGAGGCGUGUCCCGGCCCGUGGGCGAAUGGCGGUGACGCUGUGUCGCACCGCUCCUCCGAGCCCUCCUGCUCGCCCAAAAGCAUGACGGUCACCUCCUCCCCUCCUCUCCAGUGCAGCCUUCCUACAGGCCCCUGCCCUGCCACUCUCAGUCUCUCUGCCCUCACGCCCGUACCAGGACCUGUCUCUCAAAUGCCCUCUCUGACCCCUGAGGUCCCGGACGAGCCCCCCUGCCCGCCGCCCGCCCGGGACAUGCCCUCUCUCACCCCAGCAGUGGGGGAAGGGGCCGAAGGGCCCUUGUUGCCUGGAGACCAGGGGCCACAGGACCCUGCGGCACCUGUGCUGUCCCGAGAAGUGGCCACGCCCGCCGGGCUGACCGGAGGGGUCGUGACCGAAGCCCUUGUGCACGGUGACUGUGACGACACACCCAUAGGUCUGUACGGGCCAGCCGUCCAAGUGCAGGUGGCCCUCCCUGUCAUUCCGGACAAAGAGUUGUACCAGCCCACAGAGGCCAGAGAGCUGCAGACUCUCACACCAGUGCUAUGCGAUGCCAACACCACUCCCCUCGACUGCAACCUUGACCUACAGGAUCCCGCCACUACGCCCACUCUGUUGAUGGGAGAUAUGCAUGCGCUCCCUGCCCCUCUCGCCGGCUCGGCUGCUAAUCCGACCGAAAAUAACGGACUCCACCUUUCGGAAGAGACAACAAAAAGUGCCGGGUCUCUUCCUCACUGGGGCGUGGAAGCACUGGGAACAGAAUCCGGGAUCUUCCGCCCGGGAAUCUGGGACAGCCUGAAUUCCCAGGGUCCGGCGGUCCUGAUCGAGAACGUGCACCCGGAGUUCCCUGUGCUCCUGGCCGAGGACAAAGACGGUGACCCCUACGGCCUCAGCCCCCUGAGACACUGCGCCUGGAACAGGGUGGGGCUCCCUGAGACGGAGUCCCAGCGCCCCGUACCCCUGGAGACGGCGCCUGCGGGGGGCCUGGAGCGGACGGCGGCGGAUGUCCAAGCCGCACCCCAGAGUCCCGGGACGGCGACCGACAGCGGGGCGGCCGAGGCCCCCUCUCCACGCAGGGAGCUGACCACGCUGGCGCCCGUCGCCUGGGAGACGACCGUCCUCGGCGAGUCUUCGCCCCCGCGGGAGGAGGACACGGACACGGAGCUCAGCACCCCGAGGGGGGAGGAGACCAGCAGCGAGUCGACCGACCCGGACAGCGGCGACGCGGAGCUGGAGCCGGGGGAGAUAUGCGCGAAUCCCAGUCAGUUGGUGAUUAAGAUGGGCAGAAGGAGGGUUGCAAAGAGCUGGCGUCGCCCACUGAAGAAGCCUACCGCCCGAGCCACGUCCAGCGUGGUCAGACAACAGUCCGCCAGCGAUGAGGAGUAUCCAGACCUCUCCCUGACCAAUGAGGAGGGGCAGGAGGCGGAGCCUUGGGCCAAGCCCCUCCUCCGCCUCUGGCGUAACAGGAAGCCAAACUUCUUCGCCGAGAGGGAGUACAACGCUGCUGUGGCCAGGAUGGAGCCGUACUGCGCAGUGUGCACCCUGUUCAUGCCGUACUAUAAGCCAGGAGGCCCGGUGGAGGAGAGCAGAGUGGUGGUGGAGGAAGUCCCCGGUUCGACAAAGGCUCUCCCCGGCCUCCGGACCAAGCCCCUAAUCCCUGAGGUGUGCUUCUGGAAGCGGGAGUCCGGCCCGCCCAGCGCCCCUCUGGAGGAGGCCGGCCCCAGCCCGCUGAUCUCCUGCAGGAGGUGCUGUGUGAAGGUGCACGCAAGUUGCUAUGGCGUUCCUGCCCACGACGUCUGUGAGGAUUGGUCAUGUGACCGGUGCGUGAACGGAGAUAUAACCGCAGACUGCUGCCUGUGCAAUCUUAGGGGCGGCGCACUGAAACAAACAACCGACAACAAGUGGGCCCACGUCAUCUGCGCCGUGGCCAUUCCGGAGGUGAGAUUCGGGAACGAAGAAGAGCGGGUCGCCAUCGACAUCAGCAGGAUUCCCCCUCAGAGGUACAAACUGAAGUGCGUGUACUGCCGCAAGAGGAUUAAGAAGGUGUGGGGGGCGUGCGUCCAGUGCUCGUGCGGACGCUGCCUCACCUCCUUCCAUGUGACCUGCGCACACGCCACCGGGGUUACCAUGGAGCCUGACGAUUGGCCGCACGUGGUGUUUGUCACCUGCCAUCGGCACCAAUCACGGAGCCCUACUGCAAAGAGCAAUGCUUGCAAGAAGGACAUUGUCCUCGGACAGACGGUCAUCACAAAGCACAAGAACCUGAGGUACUACGGCUCGCGGGUCACACACGUCAUGGCCCAGACCUUCUACGAGGUCGUGUUCGACGACGGCUCUUUCAGCAACGACACUUUCCCAGAAGACAUCGUCAGCAGGGACUGCGUUCGCCUGGGGCCCCCGGCAGAGGGCGAAGAGGUGCAGGUGAAGUGGCCGGACGGACUCUUUUACGGAGCCAAGUACCUGGGAUCCAACACCUCCUACAUGUACCAGGUGGAAUUUGAAGAUGGCUCCCAGGUUAUGGCGAAACGGGAAGACGUGUACACUCUCGAUGAAGACCUGCCCAAAAAGGUGAAAGGACGUCUUUCCACAGCCUCCUGCAUGCGGUUCCGGGACGCCUUCCACGUGCCCCUGAUGGAAGGAGAGGCCAAGAGGCAGAGGGUGCCCAACUCCCGCUUCCAGAAGGACUACGUGGCUCACCUGGGCUGCCGCGCGGCCUCCAGGGGCGCGCCGGAGCCGCGCGGCGGGAGGGGGAAGUGAGGCCCGGCGCGGCACGACCGUUAGCACGUUAGCACGUUAGCUAAGAACGAAGCCGGAGGAAGGCCGAGAGGGGUUCUGGCUGAAGAGGACGCCGGUCGGCAACGUUCGAAAAGGAACGGUCACGGAGCUGGUCAUCCGCAAAAACCUUCAGAAGAAAUACAUCUAUAUUUGCUGCCUAAUGUUUUCUAAAUAAAUGAUUCAGCCUAAAAGAAUGUUUUUUUUUUGUUUUUUUUUGGUUUUUGUUCGUUUGUACAUUUCAAGAAUUCUGUGACUUUUCUAAACUGCCAAAGCUUUUGACCAGACUCGCUUGUUUAUAAACGGUUAGCCUGACGUAAUAAAACAACUCUCAGAUGUGCUUUUAUAUGCUAAUGUAUAUGCUGAGCAUGGUAAUCUUUGCACAUUUUUUUGCCUCUUCUAUGGAAUUUGUGAUUCAUUUGAUUUGUGAAAUUGCAAGUUAGUCAUUGUUCAAAGCUUGACAUAUGAUUUUUUUGUUAAUUUAUUGGGUUCACAGUACAUUUUAAAUGUAUUGUUGGGUAACGGAAAAUUAAAAUGUUCAGUUCUGCCUUUAA